UCUGCUGUGCUCUGUUAGAGGGGACCAUUUAACGUAAGACAGGAACUUUCCUUGAAAAGCUUGCUAUACGGAGUAACCGGGAUUGCCUUUUCAUCUAAAAAGCGUAUUGCUGAAAGAAGAUUACAAUGGAGUGGAGGAUUAUUUUACCUGUCCUGUGUCUAAUUGCAGCAAUAACAUCUCCAACAUCAGUUAUGAGUCAAACUACGGUGAACCAAACUGCUAAAGUUGCAAAGAUCAAUCUACGCUUCAGUAUUGCUCAAGAAUUCAAUGAAAGCUACAGCGAUCUCAAUAAUACUGACACCAAGAAUCUGACAGCUAAGAUCACCAAUGAGUGUUCUAAUGUUUUCAAAAGCCGGUUGCCAACAUUCAUCAGCAUGGUCAUUCAGAAGUUAAGCAAUGGCUCCAUUGUGGUUGAUUCUGUCCUCGACUUUAACACCACAAAUGGCUCUGGUCCCAAUGUGACACAAGUGAAAGACAUCCUUGUUGAAGCUAUCAGGAAUUCAAGUUUCACCUUCAAUAUUACUAACACAUCCAUCAAUGCUACUGAAAUCCCAGAAGCCAGUGCAGCAACAACAUCUCCACCUCCAGUUACGACCCAAACAACACCUGCUAAAGUGGCAAAGAUUAAUCUAGCCUUCAGUAUUACUCAAGCGUUCAAGGACAUCUACAGCAAUCUCAGUGAUCCUGAGACCAAAAUUCUGUCAAAUAACAUCACCAGUGUGUUUACUCUAGUUUACAAGAGACGUUUUGCAAAUUUCUUCCGCAUGGACAUUCAGAAGUUCAGCCGGGGCUCUGUUGUGGUUGAUUCUGUCCUCGAGUUUGACACCACGAAUGUCUCUGCUCCCAAUGCGACGCAAGUGAAAGACAUCCUUGUUGCAGCUAUCAAGAAUGAAAAUUUAACUUUACAAAUUAAUGAGUCAUCCAUCAGUGCUACUGAGAUCACAAAUACCAAUGCGACUACGACUCCAGUGACUCCAGCCUCAGCAGCUUCUGCAGAAUACAAUAUAACCUUCAAACUGAACGACCAAUUUCAAACGGAGCUUUUAGAUAUGUCAUCUAAUGUAGCCACAAAGCUGGCAACAAACAUCACCACUGAGCUUAAUGGAUUUUACAGAGGUUUUAGGAACUUCAAUCGCUCGAAGGUUUUGAAGUUCAGCAAUGGCUCCAUUGUGGUAGAUGGUCAACUUGUAUUUAACAAUACUGUUGCUAAUAAUCCUACUGUGUUGGAGCUGGCUAAGGGUCUUGGUGCAGCUGUCAGAAAUGGAACAGUCAAAUUAACAAUUGAUCCAGCAUCCAUCAAAAUUACAGAUCCCAAUGGAGUCUCUGCUAGCCGGUCUCCAGUCCUGGCUAGUAUGCUCACAGCUUUGUGGAUGACUCUGGCGUCACUUCUUUUGUCAGCUGUGAUGCACUAAUCACAAAAUCAUGCUACUAAAACAUGACUGUGACAUCUCCGAUAUUUUUGGUCAAAUCACAAAGCAAAACGAGUUCUAGAAUCUAUCUAGCUGUAACAUUUACUGGUCUUUCUUGCCACAUAUAGAGUCUGGUGAUACUAAAGGUAUUUGUGAGUUAUAUGUUUUUGUCCUGUGCUUUACAAAAAGGACAUUUUUCCUCUGUUCACUGCUGGAAAAAUGAGGAUCGGUUAAAGCCAAAUCUGAACAUUCCAUACAAGUGGCAGUGUAUUAGUUUGAUGCUGAAGGAUCUAUUUUAUAAUUUUUUUUUUGUAACCAAGAUAAACAUGUGCAAUCUAUGUAUUUAAUCUUUGAGUAAUAGAAAUGAAGAAAAGGUUCUGAUAAAUCUGAACAUUCCACUAUGCCACAGAAAGGGCACAAGUGAAAUGUAUAUAUUUAAAGGUAUAAUAAUGUGAUUCGGAACUGACAUUGUUUUUCUUCUUUUCAAUAAAAUAUAUCUUCCAAUAAAUGAAUUAGAUGCGGAGUUUCUAUACAACAAAGGUACACAUGAGCAAUCUAAUAGAAAUGAAAAAAAAUAUUCUGAUAAAUAAUCUGUAUUAUGUUGUAUGAAAGUAUGUUUAAUAAAAUGAAGGGUGAAUCCUGUU